CCCAUGUACUUCUUCCUCCUCAGCCUCUCCCUCCUCGACCUUGGCUCUAUCUCCACCACUGUCCCCAAAUCCAUGGCCAAUUCCCUGUGGGACACCAGGGCCAUUUCCUACUCAGGAUGUGCUGCCCAGGUCUUCCUCGUUUUCUUCUUCUUUGGAGGAGAGUAUUCUCUCCUUACAGUCAUGGCCUAUGACCGCUACAUUGCCAUCUGCAGACCCCUGCACUAUGGGACCCUCAUGGACAGCAGAGCCUGUGUCAAAAUGGCAGCAGCUGCCUGGGGCAGUGGUUUCCUCUACGCUCUCCUGCACACGGCUAACACCUUUUCAAUACCACUCUGCCAAGGCAACACAGUGGACCAGUUCUUCUGUGAGGUUCCCCAGAUCCUCAAGCUCUCCUGCUCAGACUCCUACCUCAGGGAGGUUGGGCUUCUUGUGGUUAGUGGCUGUUUAGGCUUUGGGUGUUUCAUUUUCAUUGUGGUGUCCUACGUGCAGAUCUUCACUGCUGUGCUGAGGAUCCCCUCUGAGCAGGGCCGGCACAAAGCCUUUUCCAUGUGCCUCCCGCACCUGGCUGUGGUCUCCCUGUUUGUCAGCACUGUCAUGAUUGCCUACCUGAAGCCUCCCUCCCUCUCCUCGCCAGCUGUGGAUCUGGUGGUGACUGUUUUGUACUCAGUGGUACCUCCAACUCUGAACCCCCUCAUCUACAGCAUGAGGAACAAGGAGCUGAAGGACGUCCUGAGGAAACUGAGCCUGGAUGGGGAAGUGAAUGUGGAGGUUGUCUGUCACUGCAGUGACCGUGAGAUGGUGGAGAGGCCACAAGGACAAACCAGGGAGCUGCAGGCCAUUCAGCCUCACAUUGGGGAGGCGUGUGUCGUGGAGCGCAUCCUCUCCGAUUACAUUUCUGAGCACAUGAAGAACGUGCCUGGGAACAGUCAGAAUGGAUUUCCUGAAGGUAAAUCCUUCCUGACCCAUCUAAUCACCUUCUGUGAUAAAAGACCUGCACUUGUGGAGGAGGAGAGAGGAGUGGAUGUGCAGUAG